GUACUGCACAUUUGUUAUGGUUGUGUUCUUUUGUUUUUGGUAGAUUAACGAUGGUUGGUUUUGGUUUUGUAUUUGUUCUUGUUUUAUCGUCUUGGAUUCAACUGCAGUAGAUUUGGGUCUAAAAAAGAAGUCGGGACCAAAAAUAUUUGGAGCUAGAUUAUUUUGGGCCUACCCAGCCCAUAUGACUCAUCGUUUUUUGCAAUUUCGAUUUCAAUUCGAGAGUCGAAUACUCUACCCUAAGUCCCACCGUAAGCAUUUGUCCAUAUUUGUUCUAGCAGCUUCUUCGUUCUCCUCCUCCCCGGCGCAAAACACCGUUUCCCCACCCCAGAGUUGUCCGGUUCCAAUCUCACUUCCCUUCACGCCAGGAGUAACCUGAACCUCUUUUGCGUUGUUUUUCUUUCUUCCACAAUGGCGACGGUGAUGCAGAAAAUCAAAGACAUCGAAGAUGAGAUGGCAAGAACCCAAAAGAACAAGGCUACUGCUCAUCAUUUGGGCUUGCUGAAGGCUAAACUUGCAAAGCUGCGGAGGGAACUCCUUACACCUACAUCAAAAGGAGGUGGAGGUGCUGGUGAAGGUUUUGAUGUUACUAAAAGUGGGGAUUCAAGAGUUGGUCUUGUGGGCUUCCCUUCAGUUGGCAAAUCUACUCUGCUGAAUAAGUUGACUGGGACAUUUUCAGAGGUUGCUUCCUAUGAGUUUACUACCUUAACUUGCAUCCCAGGUGUGAUCACAUAUCGAGGAGCUAAAAUUCAGUUGUUGGAUCUCCCAGGAAUUAUUGAGGGUGCUAAGGAUGGAAAGGGUAGAGGACGGCAGGUUAUUAGUACUGCAAGGACAUGCAAUUGCAUUUUAAUUGUCCUGGAUGCAAUAAAGCCAAUAACUCAUAAGCGUCUUAUAGAAAAAGAGCUAGAGGGAUUUGGUAUAAGGUUAAAUAAAGAGCCACCAAAUCUGACUUUUAGAAAGAAAGAUAAGGGUGGAAUUAAUCUCACCUCAACUGUCACCACAACACUUCUGGAUCUUGAGACUGUGAAGGCUAUAUGUAGUGAGUACAGAAUUCACAAUGCGGAUAUUACCCUCAGGUAUGAUGCCACUGCCGAUGAUCUUAUAGAUGUCAUUGAGGGCAGUAGAGUCUAUAUGCCUUGCAUCUAUGUUGUGAACAAGAUUGAUCAGAUCACACUAGAGGAACUGGAGAUCUUGGAUAAGCUACCUCAUUACUGUCCAAUCAGUGCACACCUGGAGUGGAACCUUGAUGGUCUUCUAGAGAAAAUUUGGGAGUAUCUUAGCUUAACUCGGAUUUAUACUAAACCUAAAGGGAUGAAUCCUGACUAUGAAGAUCCUGUCAUAUUAUCAUCUAAGAGGAGGACAAUUGAGGACUUCUGCAAUCGCAUUCACAAGGACAUGGUUAAACAGUUUAAAUAUGCUCUGGUCUGGGGUUCAAGUGCGAAACACAAGCCUCAAAGAGUUGGCAAGGAACAUGAACUUGAAGAUGAAGAUGUGGUUCAGAUUAUCAAGAAAGUGUAAUUUGUUGUAAUCAAAAGGAAUCCAAGAUGUUUUUUUUUUCCUUCUGAAAAUGGGUCAGAAUGCCUCCACGAGAUAUUAGAGAAUGUUCUGAGGCAAAUCAAAGAUCCCUUCUUGAGACUUUCUCCAGAAUCGUAGAUUACUCUCCAAUUUCUCACUUUUUUCAGUUGGGGGGUUAGGUAGAUUAUAUUGAAGUUUGAUGCGUAGUUAUAUUAUUAUUAUUAGCUAUAUCAGGGAACGCCGUUUGUCGCGUUAGUUUUGGAAUGUUUGUGUCCAAGACAAUUAAUGAGUGGAAUAAUAGGGGUUUUUCUUGUAAACAUUGAUAGGGUUUGCUGGAUAUAUAUAAUUCAGGUGGGUAUG